UGAUGGACAUGACAGAUGAGAAUUGUCGUCCCACUGCAGGCACAAAUGUUGAUGAGAGCCUGCGGGCCACCAUGGAGCCACAACGCCCCCGUGCCUCAGACAGUACCCCCCUUGCUCUCACAGAACUAAGACUGGUCCUCCUGGGCAGAAAAGGAACCGGGAAGAGCGCAGCAGGCAACACAAUACUGGGAGGACUGGGUGGAUUUGAGAGCGGGAAGCCCACAGAGGAGUGUGUGAAAAGGCGAGCUGAUGUGGCGGGGAGAAAAGUCACAGUGGUGGACACACCUGGGUGGGAGUGGUACUACCCACUUAACAGCACCCCAAACUGGGUGAGGAGAGAAACUUUGAGGAGUGUGUCACUUUGUCCUCCCGGGCCCCACGCUGUGCUGCUGGCUGUGCGGGCCUGUGCUUCUGUGACAGAUGACUACAUCACAGAAAUAGAGGAGCACCUGGAGCCGCUGGGGAAACAAGCGUGGGAGCAUACUAUGGUUCUGUUCACCAGGGGAGAUGAACUGGGCAUGAGCACCAUGGAGCAACGAAUCCUGACGAGCGGCCCAUCGCUCCAGAGACUUCUCCGGAAGUCUGGCAACAGAUACCAUGUACUGAAUAACAGGAGCAAAGGAGAUGGGACACAGGUUAAAGAGCUGAUAAGGAAACUGGAGGAGAUGGUGCAUAAGAAGAAGGAUGUGAGCAAGCAUUUAGUGAUGGAUACCAUCGUGCUGGGGCUGGAAGCUGAUGGAAAGAGGAGAGCCAGGGAGAGGAGAAAGAAACAGCGACAGAUGGAGGUGCAGAUGCAGAGAGGGACCAUCAAAGCUGCUCUGAUUAGUGAGGGUCCGCAGGGUUCUGAGCUGGACGCCCAUCAAUCUUUCUCCAAAUCUCCCCGACGUCUUCCUGAGAUCAGACUGGUUAUCCUGGGCGAGCGUGAAACUGGAAAGAGUUCUGCUGGAAACACCAUCCUUGGAAAACCAGGUUUCUUCCAAUCGGGAGCCGUAACAGAGGAGUGCAUUCGUCACCAAGCGGAGGUUGCCAUGCGGCUUGUGACUGUGGUGGACACGCCGGGCUGGGAGGCGGGUGUGGCGGGUGCUACGCCAGAGAGGGUCAAGAGAGAGAUCGCCUGUAGCAUAUCUUUGUGCCCUCCAGGGCCCCAUGCACUCCUGUUGACUCUGAGGGUGGACACACUGGUGACAGCAGGACAUGUGAGGGAACAUCUGGAGCUUCUGGGAGAAGGUGUAUGGAGGCACACAAUCUUGCUGUUCACUCAUGGAGAUCAGCUCCGAGAGGGAGUGGAUAUUGAGCAGCACAUCCAGAGUGGAGGCAGGGAUCUGCAGUCACUUUUGGAGAAGUGCAGGAGGAGGUAUCACGUCAUCAGUAGUGUAGAUGGUGGAGGAAGGGGGGGUAGAGGUUCCAGUAAGGUGACAGAGCUUCUGGAGAAAGUGGAAAAGAUGGCAACAAUGAAUAGGUGUGAAGCCUUCUCAGGUUUGGUUCAAGAAGUGAGGGAUUUGAGCCAACAAAGGAAUGAAAAGUUCAACCAGCGUCUGAAGGAGAUGGGCGAUAAAAUGCUUCGUCAGGAGGCUGAGUUGAAGAACAUGAGGGACAGGGAGAUGAAGAGCAUCAGAUGGUUCUUUGAUAGAAGGAAGAAGGUGAAAUCCCCAGGGAAAGCUGACAUUCAAAAGGAAGAAGAGGAGGAUGAGGACAGGAGGAUUGGUGAACGGAAGAAUGAUUUUGGUGAGCUGGAGGAGAGGAUGCGAUGGCUGACAGAGGACAGAGAGAAAGAAAUUCAGGAUCUGAGCCUGGAAAAAGAGCAAAUCCGCAUAGCACUGAGCCAAGUUCAAGAAGAAAGGAAAGAUGCCCUUUUCAAACUGGAGCUAAAAGAGAGAGAGAUUGAAGAGCUGCAAGAAAGAACUGAGGAGCAGCAAAUGAAGCUUCAUGACCUUGAACGUGCCGGCGUAGAAAAGGAACACGAGAGAAAACAGACAGAGGAUGCUUUUCGAGCAAAGUCACAAGAAUGGAUGAAAGAGUUUGAGAAACUGAGUCAAACUAUUGAGCUCCUCAGGAAAGAGAUAUCUGACUUGACUGAAAAACACGAGUCUUUAAAAGCAGAAAUCAGCCAGACUAAAAUACACUAUGAGGACACACUUGAGAGAACAGUACAAGAAAAAAACAGGGAGAUGGCAGGAAUGGAACAAAAACUGAGGAGAGAGAUGGAAUUAAAACUCCUUGAAAAAGACAAAGAGAUGGAAGAACUGAGGAAGAACGCCUCAGAGGAAAAGCAGGUAACUCUUGAUAACGUAAAACAACACGAGAAAGAUAUGGAGAGCAAAUUUAACAAAAACAAAUCACAAUAUGAGAAAGAGAUGGAGGGGAAAAUGCAGGAGAAGGAAGCAGAGAUAAAAGUCAUCAAACUACAGCAUCAGGAAGAGAUGGCCAGAAGAAUAAGUGAGAUAGAAAAAAUGAUAGAGACAGCAAAAGUUCAACAACAAGAAUAUGAAAAGAAGCUGAAAGAAAAAGCAGACGACAUGGAAAGGAUGACACAGCGGCAUGAUGACAAAAUAAAGAGCAUAGAGCAAGAAAAACAAAGACAGAUCACAGAGCUGAAAGACCAAUUUGCAAAAGAAAAAAAGGAGCGUGUGGAGGCAAAAGAGAAAGAGAUGGCAGACAUAGAACGAAAGUACCUCGCGCAAAUGGAAGAAAGGAUACUAGAAAAUGAAAAAGACAAAGAGAUGAUUCAUCAAAACCACAAAAGAGAACUGGAGCAGCAGGCGCAAGAGACAGACAAAGAGACAGAGGCUUUAAAACUUCAGCAUCAGGAGGAGAUGGAGCUAAAAAUUAAUGAGCUGAUAAAACUGAUGGAGACAAGAAGUGCCCAACAGCAGGAGGACGCUUAUAAAAAGGUGAAGCAAAAAGAGGAGGACGUGGAAAGGAUCCAACAGCAGUAUGAUCAAAAGCUGAGGGACAUAGAGCAAGAAAGGCAAAAAGAGACUGAAGAGCUGAAACAACAGCUUGUAAAAGAAAUUGACAAACAAUCGCAGGAAAGACAAAGACAGAUAAAAGACUUAGAACAAAACUUUGCUGCCCAAAUAGAAGACAUACAGCUAAGACAUGAAAAAGAAAAAGAAAUUCUGAAUCAAAAACAUGAAAAAUACAUUUUGGAAAAACUGCAAGAAAGAGAUCGGCUAACAGAGGAGUUAAAGUGUCAGCUCAAGAAUGAAAUUGAAGAAAGUGAAAAGGACAAAGAAAGAUACAAGAAAGAGAUGGAGCAAAUGCUGGAGGAGAAGGAGAAGGAGAUCAAGGAGUUUAAAGCAUAUGUCAAAGAAAUGAAAGAAGAAAUGCAACAAAAGGAGGCAAAAGAAAGAGAUCACUUAAAAAACAAGCAAGAAACUGAGCAAAUACUGCAAGAAAAGGAAAAGGAAAUAGAGGACACGGAAGUAAAACUCACAGAAAUGAAGGCAAAGCUGCAACAAAUGGAGGAGAACGAAACUGAUUAUAUGAACUACAAAAAAGAUUUGGAACAAAAACUGGAGGAGCGAGAAAAAGAAAUCGAAGUGUUGGAAGAACAUUUAAAAGAGCUCAGGCAGCAGCUGCAGCGGGCAGAAGAAGAAAGAGAAAGAGACAACUUAAAUCACAGGAAACAGAUGGAGCAAACUGUGCAAGAAAACAACCUAGUGACAGAAAAGCUGAAACAGCACAUAAACGAUAUCGAUGAAAUCCUGCAGAGAAAAGAAGAAGAAAGAGGAGAAAUCAUUCUCAACCAAAAGAGAGAGGCAGAGCAACGGCUGCGAGACAAGGAAAGAGAGAUGGAGGAGAUGAAACAGCAGCUUUUAAGCGACAUGGAGAGAAAAUUGAGAGAGAAGGAAGCUGACAUUGAAAGUGUCAAACAGCUGGCCAACUCCAGGGAGGCACGAUGGAAGGAAGAACAGAAGGCGAAGGAUGAGAAAGCAGCGAGCGAGGUGAACAAGCUGAUAGAGAUCAUCGACAAGAAGACAAAAGAACUAACGCGAGCGGAAAAACUCCUUGCGCAGAAAGACAGCGAGAUCGAUGAGACCAAGCAGACAUGUGCAAGCUACUUAAGAGAAAUAGAAGAGCUAAAAGAAAGCAACGACAGUAAAACCUCCACCAUCAAUGAGAUACAGCAGCGGCAAAAAGACCAGGAGAGGGAAAAGGAUGCGGAAAUGAUGGGAAAACUGCAGGAGAAAGAGGAAGAGCUUGACCGCCUCAGGCAAAGUGACAGCGAAAAUGAGAAGGAGCUCAUCCAGCUGAGGCUAACAAUCGAGCAAACAAAGUCAGACCUGAAGGAGCUCACUGAGAAAAUGGAAAAGGAGAUGACGAGCAUGAUUCAGGAGUACGAAAAGGAGAUUGCAACAAAAAAUGAGGAUAUUGAAACAAUCACAAAGGAGAAGGACAGCACCAUAAGUCGCCUGGAGGAAGAAAGACUUAAAAGCAUUCAAGCCAUCACAGAGAAAUAUGAGUUAAGUCAGAAGAGAAUUGAGGAGCUGCAGGAGCAAAAUGAAAUGAUAAUAAAAGAGACUGUAGACCUCAAAACUAAGUGUGAGGAGGUGAAGAAGGAGAGUGAGGAAGAAGUUAGGAAACAUCUCACAGGAUAUGAGGAAAUCCAAAUCACCCUUAAAGAGAAAGAUCUGGAAUUGGAGACGUUAAAAGAAGCCAAUGACCAACUACAAGGGGAGAUAGAAAUGAUGAAGGAGAGGGAAGAUGAGACUAAGAUGCAAAUGAAUGAGCAGAGAGAGCAUUUUGAGAAGCAGGUGAUGGAGAAAGAAAGUGAGCAGAGAAAGAAGGACGAGGAGCUCGAAGAGAAACUCUUAGAAAGAGAGAAAGAAGCGGAUGAAAGGGAACGAGUUCUGCAAACAAAGGAAGAAGAGCUGAGCAAAAGACGGCACGACCUUGACACAAAACAGGAAGAAUUUGGCGAAAAACAGGCAAAGUUGGAAAGUAAGGAACAAGAACUUAGAGAACUGGAACUGCGUCUAGAAAUAAGACAAAAAGAACAAGAAGAAAAAGAUAAAUGUGAGAAAGACGUGAAGCUGAGAGCGCAGAGUGUCGAGAGAAAGGAAAAGGAGCUGGAAAGCUUACUGAAAGUUCUGGAGGGCAAACAGAAAGAGCUGAGCUCACAUGGCCAGGAUCUUCAGAAGAAGGUAAGAGGACUGAAAGAUCAAGGGAAAGAGCUGAAAGACAGGGAGCACUACUUAAAAAAUGAAGAACAGGAGUUGCUCAGCUGGAAGUCGGAGCUGCAGAUGAAAAAGGAGCAUGUAACUUGUACCACUCAGCAGUUAGACGAGAUGGGCAAAGACUUGGCUCUGCUGAAGGAAGAACUUCACAAGAAGGAGAAAAAUCUAAAGGAGUCACUGAAAAAACUGAGCAUGUGGGAGCAAAACCUUAAAGAACGAGAGGAAGAGCUGCACAGAAGACAACAAAGAGGUUUGGAGAAUGGACAUCAUGGGACUGAUGAUGAGAGAUCAGACGAGGUCAGUGAGAGAAGGGAAAGAGGAAGAGGAAAAGGUUCAGAUAACGAGGAUCAGAGGAUGAAAACAGCUUUGUCAGCUGCAGAGAGCAACAACUGUCACCUUGAAACACUGAAGGUCAAGGAGCUGAAGGAGACCAGGAAAACAACAGAGAGGGACAAAGUGGAAAGUGCAAAGGUGACUGGCAAUUUGAAGCUGCUAACGGAACCUCACAGAAGAUCAAACAACAGAGGCUCUCCUGGGUCAGAUUUGAGGGUGAUGGUUUUGGGGGAGACCUGGUCUUCCCGCUCCCCUGCUGGAGUUACCAUCUUGGGUGGAGAAGUGCCUAAAUUCAGCGGAUCCAGCUUCAGGCAGUGGAGAGGUCAAAUAGCCGGAAGACACCUCACUGUUGCAGAACCGCUUGGGCUGAAGUGGCGAGACGGUCCCGACGCAGGAAACGCAUCUCAACUGAAAAGCAUUCUCGACAGCGUCUCCUGGUGCCACCCGGGUCCUCACGUCGUCCUGCUGCUCAUGCCGGCCUUCCUGACCUGCACGCAGAAGUUUAGACGAGCCGUGGAGGAGCACAUGAGUUUGCUCGGAGACGAGAUUUGGCAACGGGCUCUGGUGCUGUUCACAUGGGGAGAGAUUUUAGGUGAGAGUGCAGAGCAGCACAUCCUCAGGAACGGGGAACUGAUGGGCCUCGUAGAGCGAUGCGGGGGCAGAUAUCAUGUGCUCGCCAGCAAAAAGAACAACUCUGUAAUUGAUGGGUUAUUCAGCAAGAUGGAUGACAUUGUUUCCCUGACCAGCAGAGAGCAGUUUCUGGUGUAGAACUGAGUGAAUUUAUCAUGCGAUGUUGUGUAGUUCUUAUUUUGUGUGAAAAUAUUUGAAUAAAUGUGACUAAAGGC